GCAAGAACAACACUUUCUCUAAAAUCUCAAUUUCGAUUGAAUCAUGUCGGACGACGAGCACCACUUCGAAUCCAGCGACGCCGGAGCUUCGAAGACUUAUCCUCAACAAGCCGGUAACAUCCGUAAAGGUGGUCACAUCGUCAUCAAGGGUCGUCCCUGCAAGGUGGUUGAGGUAUCAACUUCAAAGACUGGGAAGCAUGGUCACGCCAAAUGUCACUUUGUUGCCAUUGAUAUCUUCACUUCUAAGAAGCUUGAAGAUAUUGUUCCUUCUUCCCACAAUUGUGAUGUUCCGCAUGUAAAUCGUGUUGAUUACCAGUUGAUUGAUAUCUCUGAAGAUGGCUUUGUUAGUCUUCUUACUGACAAUGGUAGCACUAAGGAUGAUCUGAAGCUGCCAACUGAUGAAGCUUUGCUCACACAGCUCAAGAAUGGAUUUGAUGAGGGCAAGGAUAUUGUUGUGUCUGUUAUGUCUGCAAUGGGAGAGGAACAGAUGUGUGCUCUCAAGGAAGUUGGUCCCAAGUAAUAAUAAGUAAGCAUUCUCUUUUACAGAGGCUAUGUAUCAUCAGUUUGACAGAGUCAAAUGUUUUAAGAACAAAGUUUGGUCUUUUUUUUAUUCUUCUUAGUAUAAUUUAAAGCCCAUAUGUGUUUCCAUGCAAGACACCAUUUUAUCUAUCUUACUAUUGGUUUUGGUUGUGGAGAAGUUACUGUUGACAGUUCCAAACCUCUACUUAUUAUACUCUUUAUGUGCUAUGUCAUAGUCUUAGAUUCUAAAAUAUAAGUCAUUUUGAUUG